AAAUCUUUCUAUUCUUAUGCAAAAAUGGGCGUUUGGACGCCGUACAUUUGAUAUCUGGGAACGAACACUUGCAGCUGGUUUAAGUUGGUUUUUCCCUUCCUCAGUCGUACCAAACACAAGACUCGAUAGUGUUGAACGAUAUUUUCCGUUUCGAAUCAAGAAAAGACAUAUGCUCGACAUAAAUUGGUUUCGCACUGAAAAGGGAGGUGAUCCAAAGGUCAUCUUGGAGUCUCAAAGGAAACGGUUUGCUAGUGAAGAAAAAGUUUUGAAAGUCAUAGAAUUGGACGAAGAGUGGCGAAAAAAUAGAUAUCAGGGUGAUCAGUUGAGAAAGCAGUUGAACGCAACAAGCAAGGAAAUUGGUCAAAAGAAGCGAAAUAAUGAGGACGCUACUGAGUUGAUGGAGAAAGUAGCAGAAAUAAAGAAUUCAAUAUCGGUGACGGAGAAGCGAAUUGAAGAGCUCGAGUUUCAAAGAGACACUUUGCUCAAGUCUAUCGGAAAUAUUGUUCAUGAAAGUGUAUUUGUGAGCCAAGAUGAGUCUGAAAAUCCUGUGUUGAGACAGUGGGGUGAUUUUAGCAGUGAGAAAAAGGGUUAUAAUCACGUAGAUUUGCUAUAUAUGAUCGAUGGAGUCGAAUAUGAGAAAGGAGUCAGUGUUGCAGGAAACCGUGGAUAUUAUUUAAAGGGACCCGCAGUUGCUUUCAAUUUGGGUCUUAUCCACUAUGGUUUGCAGUUCCUAGUAAAGAAGGGUUAUUUGCCUCUCCAGACUCCCUAUUUUAUGGAGCGAGAUGCCAUGGCAAAGUGUGCGCAAUUGGAAGAUUUUGAUGAACAGCUUUACAAGGUUACCGGAGAAGGGACACAAGAAAAGUAUUUAAUUGCUACUUCAGAGCAGCCUAUUUGUUGUUAUCAUAUGAACGAAUGGUUGGAUCCGAAAACACUUCCUUUAAGAUACGUGGGAUUUUCGACAUGUUUUCGAAAAGAAACUGGAAGUCAUGGAAGGGAUACUUUAGGAAUUUUUCGAGUACAUCAAUUUGAAAAGUUGGAACAGUUUUGUAUCACUGCACCUGAUCCGGCAGUGAGCUAUGCAAUGAUGGAGGAAAUGAUGCAUGUUGCGGAAGAGUUUUAUCAGUCAUUAAAUAUUCCGUACCGAGUGGUGAAUAUCGUUUCCGGUGCCUUGAACAAUGCUGCUGCUAAGAAAUAUGAUUUGGAAGGGUGGUUUCCUGCAUCUUCAGCGUUCCGAGAACUUGUUUCCUGUUCCAACUGUACAGACUAUCAAGCUCGUCGAUUGGAGGUUCGAUAUGGUCUGAAGAAAAUGGGUGAUCGUGAGAAGAAAUACGUACAUAUGUUAAAUUCUACGUUAUGCGCAACUACACGAGUCAUUUGCUGUAUUUUGGAAAACUAUCAAACGGCGGACGGUAUCAAAGUCCCGGAAGUUUUACAGCCGUUUGUAGGAUCCAGUUUUCUUCCAUUUAAAAGGGAACCGCUGAAGAUAGCAGAAGGUUCGAACAAGUCGGACAGUGAAUCUUUGGCCAAAAAUAUGAAAGAACUGAAGACAUCCUAACUUGCAAUGAAGAACAAAAUAAAAUCCCAUCCCAUCUUCAUAAUUCUAUGAGUUGAUUUUCAACGUGGACUUGUGAAAAUAUAUGUCGAACGAUGUCAAUAUUUGUGAGGCAUUGGAGACUGCCCAUAAAACCUGUCUCCGUAAAGUUAAAAGAGCUCGGAACAAGGAGGCAAAGUUGAAAGAAUGUCAGAGUUAUUUCGAUAUGCUUAAAGAGAACAGUUGUCCUUGGAAACCUGAGGCCCCUAACCAGAAAUAGGGAGACAAUAGUGGAUAGUUUCUUUCGUAACUUGGUGAUUCGAGUAGGAGAGCAUAAUUAACGUGGGAAAGAGAAAAAGGUGCAGUCGUAUUUGUCGUUAUUUGCCUGACGCCCACGGUCUUAUAUGUACACAAAGGUGCUCUUUUCAUCUACAAAGUUUCUUUAUCAAGUAGAAAGACAAAAAAGCGAUGAAGACACAUUCACAAGUUCACUUGAGUUUUUAAAGUUUGAGUCUGCAUUGAGAUUCUGGUGGAAUAAGUUCAGACUAUAUUACAAAGAAUGAUUCAUUGCAU